GCGUGCGGUGUAGAGCGCUAACUGUUGCGGCUAUUGACUAUUGUUCGUGCGCGGGAUGAAAAAUAUAUAGCAGAAGAUAAUGCAAAAUACUUACAUAUUUACAUACAUACAUAAGGUGUAAAAAGAAGCGCGACAAUAAUUGGUGAAAAUUUACAAAUUUUAUGUAAAAAUUGACAAAAGUUACAAUACAACUCGAAUAAAGUUGCAUGCAUUACUUGUCUAAACGUGUCUAAGCAGUGUGAACGCGCAUUAUAACAACAAACACGUGCCUGUAUGCAUUCAAAUAUAUGUAUAUGUAUAAUAGUGUAGAAUAAAAAUAUGACACUUAUUACAUACUUAUUGAUCCGACGACUCACAUCGCUGCCGUCUUGCACACUACUGUAAAAACAUACAAAUUUAUGUAAAUAUUUGUUUAUGUAUUUAAUGAAAAUCGUUUAACUCUAUUAUAUUCUAACACUCGCGUGCAAAAAGAAAACAAAUUACCAUCCCUGUGUGUACUCAUUAAUUGAAAUCACGUAUUCGGACUUUUUUGUUGAAAGAACGUGGAAAGUGUUACCUUUUAUUUAAAACUAAAUAUUUUAUAUUUGCAAAAAUAAAAUAUUAUUGUGCGAAUUUGUGUAAAGUCUUCAUUGCAAGCGGAAAUUCUUGGUUUCUUUGCUGAAGUCAGCUAGUUUUUUCACGCGCUAAAAGGAAAUAGUAAAGCUCCAAGAUGCAUUCCACGGCAUGUAGCGCUUCAGCUUUAAAUUCAACGAACUCCACAAAUGCAUCGCUCAACUCAACUGAUGGAUUAAAAAUGGUACACUCCAAUGAAGAUGCCCUCAAUAAAAUUCCACUGAAAUCGGCUAGCGGUUUGGAUGAUGAAGAGAAAAAUGGUGGAGAAUUCACAAGUGAUACAGCAGCAGCGGAGGAGGCGAGGCGCGAACAAAUGCGCGCCAACAUCCUCAAAUGGAUGAAAAAAUUAACGAUAGUACUAAUCUGCUUUAUCGGCGUGGCACUCAUCACCUACGUCAUUAUCAGUCUCUGCUUUAGCGAUUGGUCUAAGACGUCAAAUGCACAAAGCAACAACACAAUCAUCAACAAUGAUACAUCCUUCACUCUUCCUUCCACCUCUAAUUCUUCUCUCUCGCCAGAUGAUGAUAGCAAAAGCGGCGCUCUAGCGUCAAAUUCAACAAGUGACAGUGAUGGCAGUCCACUAGCCACUCUCGCCACUACUGUGGCCGCCAGCAUCGCAACAGCCGGCUUCAGUGAAUCAGCGACACAGCCCACCAGCCCAUUCACCGUAACCACCACUGCUGUGCCAGCCACGGCGCCAAUAAUUACAACCACCAGCAAUGUGCCCACCACAUUGGCAACAAUCGCCCCCAGCCUAGCAAAACCAACGAGGAAAGCGCUGGUGCUUAAGGACACGCCACCAUUGAUAAAAGAGAAAUUCGAAUCGAAAUUGGGCGUUUAUGAACAGGCGGCUGUGUGUUCAGAUCGCGAAGUUUGCAGCGAAAUUGGCAGUCACAUGCUGGAUCUGAAGGGCAGUGCCGUUGACGCCGCUAUUGCCACACUCCUGUGCAAUGGUAUCCUCACCAUGCAUAGCAUGGGUAUUGGUGGAGGCAUGCUAAUGAAUAUCUACUUGAAGGAAAAUAAGCACGCCUACUCGAUCGACGCACGUGAAGUUGCACCGUUCGCCGCAUUCCAAGAGAUGUUCGAUGGCAAACUGGAAUUGUCGUUGAAUGGUGGACUUUCGAUUGCGGUGCCGGGUGAACUGAUGGGCUAUCAUCGCGCGCACGAACGUUUCGGCAAGUUGCAAUGGAAGACGCUCGUCGAACCUUCGAUUGAAUUGUGCCAUGAAGGUUUCUAUCUGACACAUCAUCAAUGGAAUGCUUUGAACUAUCGUUGGCAUCACAUGAAGAACAACACUGUGUUGACCGAUGUUUUCGUCAAUGCCACCACUGGUCAGCUGUAUCCGGUCGGCACCAAAAUCAAACCACAAAAAGUGCUUUGUGAAACUUAUGAACUUUUGGCUGAAAAUGGACCGCUUGACUUCUACAAUGGCACAUUGGCGCACAUGGUUGUAGAGGAUCUUAAGGAUCUCGGUAGCACAGUGACUGCUUACGACUUGGAGUCUUACUCCGCCGACAUGGUCAGUUCUAUAACCAUGCAAUUGGGCGAUGAUAUACUCUAUGCUGUGCCGCCAGUGAGUAGCGGUACUGUUGUGGCUAAUAUACUCAGCAUUUUGGAAGGUUUCAAUUUUACCAAAGCCGAUUUGUAUGGCGCACAAAACGAAGCGGACACGCUCCACCGCAUUGCGGAGGCACUAAAGUUCGGCUUUGCAAAGCGCUGGGAGUUGGGUGAUUUGCGGUUCAAUGAUGUUCGUGAACUCGUCAGCAGGUUGACAAAUCCCGAGUAUAGCAUAAGUAUACGUGAAAAGAUCAACGUUGACAAAGUUCACAAGGAAAUCUUCGAUUAUGGCGCACAAUUUAUGGGUGAAGAUGAUGCGGGCACCUCACAAAUAGUCGUUUUGGCACCCAACGGGGAUGCGGUUUCCGUGACGAGUUCCGUCAACGAAUACUUUGGUGCCAGCCAGGCAGGUCGCCGUACAGGCAUCGUGUUUAACAGUGGCAUGAAUGAUUUCUCUGUAGCUGGCAGUUCAAAUGCCUUCGGUCUACCGCCGGCACCCACCAAUUUCAUUGAUGCCCGCAAGCGUCCCAUGUCGUCGAUGUCGCCAAUGAUUUUGGCCGAUCAGAAAGGUAACGUGCGCUUGGCAAUGGGCGCUGCAGGUGGCUCGAAAAUCAUAUCAGGCAUUGUAGAAGUAGCGGCGCGCUAUUUGUGGUUCGGUCAAGAUAUCAAGUCAGCGAUUGAUGCACCCCGCAUACAUCAUCAGCUUGUGCCAAAUGUAUUACAAUACGAAUUUGGCAAAUUUAGUGAGGAGGUCUUGAAACUGCUGCAGGCGAAAGGUCACAAGUUGCAACCGUUUAGGGAUAUUGGUUCGGUGGUGUGCGCCAUCGCGCGAAACGACACAGCGAUAUAUGCGAAUGCAGACUAUAGAAAACGUGGCGGCGUAGCUGGUUUUUAAAAGCACAAAAGUUCAUUCUCAAACUUUUUAUAGUACAUAUGUAUACAUAAGUGUGCGCUAAGUCCAAUAUACAAACAAAAUGCGAGAUUAUUUAAGAUCUACAUGCAACAAAGUCAAUGGAAAGAAUUAUAAUGCUUUUAUGCUAUGUAUUUAAAUAUAAUAUAAUAAAAAAAGUAAAUUGUACGAUAAAAGAACCGUGGAAAAUUCGAAACGAAGGAAACAAUUUUUUAAGCUGUAAAUUAUAGUAUUUACGUGUGUAUGUAUUGUAUGCAUGAAUACAGCAAUUCUCAGCAGCAAGCAGAAACUCCAAAUGUAGAACUCAAACUGACUUUUGUACAUUUUUUGACAACUUGUAAAUUGUAGUAUUCUAUUUGUAUUUGUAAUUUGUAAUUUGUAAUUUUUUAAGUAUUAUGUAUUCUUAGAGUUAUUUCAUAUCAUGAGCAUACAUACCCAAAUACAUACCAAUCUAUUGCAUAAUAAAUAUAUGUAUACACGAACACCGAAAUAUUGCUGAAUUCCAAUCACAUACAAACAAUUGUUUAACGCAACAAUCAGUAUUGAAGUCCAAAUAGGUACUGAAAAAGUGUAGCUGUAAACCACCUGAUUAAAUGCGUUUUUUUUUUCAAAAAUUUUAAUAAAGGAAACUGACGAAAGCUUUAAACCAAAAUCAAACACA